GACUUGUAUUUAAUUAUUUUUUUAUUUUUUGGAGAAGCUCAAAUUAAGUUCACAUGUAAAGAUUAAAGUGCAUUUUAGGUUCAUUCAAAUUUCACCCAAAAGCAGAAUAAAGUGGUGCCUUGAGAUACAAUUGUAUUUGUUACGUGACCACGCUCAUAACUGAAAACACUCGUAUCUCAAAUCAUCUUUCCCCAUUGAAAUGAAUGGCAAUGCCAUUAAUCUGUUGCAGCCCCUCCCCUGACAAAACAAAAAACAGGGUACGUAAUUACAUAAUUAAAUAGAAUGUAAAGAAUUAAACAUCUUGUGCAUGAUGAUUUCAUUCUGCGAUCCAAUUCGUUUUGUUGCGCCUUCUGGUGUGCCUGUCUUGGCCACCAGGAGGCAGUAUAAUACAGUCAUGCAAACAAAAGAAGAUUCGUACAGUACUUCUACUACUACCGUAAGUGUCUCGGUAAGAUGCUGUAAUAUUAGUCAUUUGUUGCAGGGGAUAAAGAAUAUGCAUGUGAGUAUUGUUAGAUUUUCUGUCUACGUGUGUGGCACCACGGUUUGUGUUCUAAUAUCCAUUGCUUCAAGGGUUCGAAAACCGUAUCUAUUGAUGCUAACCGUUAGCACGGCGUUUUGCAUUAUUUGUUAACAUUAAGCUGCUAAGGCAAAGCUAUGCGGUUGUUUUAAUGACACAAGGCGUGAUUCUCUUUAUUUGAUGUUUACUUUGUCAGUAAACUUUAACUGGGAGUAGCUUUAAAGAGCUUGAAGCCUUACUUUUGAGAAAUGGUUCACUAUUGGCUACGUCACAUGUAAGUCCGGGAGGCGAAAGCACCAUCAGUUGAUCUAUGACGUGGAGACAGACAAGAGUUGAGGCCAAGACGAGAUCUCGAUCUUUUUUCCUCCUGGGUGAGCGCAAAUGACGCUAAAAUACUGCACAUUGUGUUCCACCCAAUAUUCAUGUAUAAUAGUCUUUGUUGACAGAAAUGAAUGACAUCUCGCUUUGGGGCCGGCCGAUCGGGUUUUUCAGGAUGGUUUUAUUUGCGUGCAAUUCCAGCCAAUACAAGCCUCUUUCAAGCAAGACGUCCCACAAAUUUGCCACGUCUUUGCAUAUGUUAUGUUAAUAUUAUUGGUUGCAUGAAUUAGCUACAUUAGAAAGUGUUCCAUUUUGUGUGGGUUUUUUUUUUUUUUUUAAACAAAAUAAAAACAACUAAAAGCGGACUUUUCUUUGUGUUUCAGAUGAGAAGUAUAACUUACAAAAGAGGAGCGGAGUGAAACUUUUAAAAGCUUUUAAUUUGCAUUUUAAAAAGCUAUCAAGUGCAGUGUUGCACUCCAGUCCUGCAGAGCGCAGUAAUGCUCAUUGGGUACAGGUGUCAAAUAAGGGUUUAAACCCCAGGUCAGAGUGUCAAAUUCAGCUUUCAAGCCAGGGGUGGGGUUUUGAAGUUUGGUUUCAUGUUAGGGUUUGAAAGUAGGCUUUUUAGCCAGGGUUGGUGUUUUAAUCAAGGGGUACAGUUUCAAGCCAACAUUAAUGUUUCGAUCAGAAGUUACACUUUCAAAGUGUGGUUUCAAGCCUGGAUUGGGAUUUGAAAUGGGGGUCUCUAGCCUGAGUUAGGGUUUCAAGACAACAUUGGGGUUUCUAACCAGAAUUGGCCUUUCAGUUGAGGGUUGGGGUUUCAAAGUGUGCUUUCAAGCCUAGCGUGGGAUUUAGGAAUUAGGGUUUAUACCUUAGGUUAGGGUUUCAAAGUAAGGUUUCAAGUCCGACUUCCAAAGUAUUAGUAGUCGUAGGGUUUCAGGCCAAGGUUAGGGAUUUUAAAUAUGGGUUUCAAUCAAAGGUUCGUGUUUCAAACCGAGGUUAGGGUUUCACAAAAACAAGCGUCUAUGAUGGUAUGGGGGGGGGGGUGUUAGUGCCCAUGGCAUGGGUUACUUGCACAUUUGUGAAGGCACCAUUCAUGCUGAAAGGUGCAUAUAGGUUUUGCAGCAACAUAUGCUGCCAUCCAAGCAAGGUCUUAUUUGUUCUCAUUUUUUCAGGGACGUCCUGUCUUAUUUCAGCAUGACGAUGGCAAGCCACAUUCUGCACGUUACAAAAGAAGAAGAAGAAGAAUCACCUUUAUUGUCAUGAACAUGCAUGCAUGCACACGAAAUCUGUUCUCUGCAUUUAACCAAUCACGAUGAUACAUACACACACACAUGUUAGUGGAACACACUGGAGCAGGGGGCAGCUGAAGCGCCCGGGUUUUUGUAAUAUUUGUUGCAAAAGCUGGGUUGGUAGUAAAAGAGUACAAGUGCCAGACUGGCCUGCCCGCAGUCCAGACCUGUAUCCCAAUCAAAAUGCGCAAAAUACGACAACAGAGACCCCCGCCCGGACUGUUGAGCAACUGAAGUUGUACAUCAAACAAGAAUGGGAAAGAACUCCACCUACAACGCUCCAACGCUUCCCAAACGCUUAUUAAGUGUUGUUAAAAGGAAAGGUGAUGUAACACAGUGGUAAACGUGCCCCUGGCCCAGCUUUAAAACAUUCAAUAGCUUGUCUUUGCAGUGGAUUAAAAUUAAUGUAGGCUGAAAGGGUUUGUAUAUCAUUUGAUUCUGUUUUUAUAGACAUUUUACACAAAAUCCCCAUUUUGGAAGUGGGGUUUGUACAAAAGCGACCCCUGUUCCGUCUUGGCCUCGCAGGUCAUGUUGUGGCGUUUAGAAGCGCUCAGCUGCGCUAAAUGCGGCCCGCGCUAAUCCCUAAAGACCGCCGCUGACCACAUCCUCUUCCUGAUUAGCAGGGAAAGUACACCGCUCAGACACAAAGGUGCACCACCACCACCACCACCUCCUCCACGUUUUCAAUCUCAUGAAGGACACCAACACCGGAUGCAUGAGGAACACCUUCACCCUCCUCCCUCCGUAGCGAUGCUUCCCGAGUGAGCGUCAGCGCCCCCGUCGGGCCAUCAUGAGCGUGACUACGGGCGACGACCCCGACGCGGAGCACCACGCCGAGCUGGCCGACAUGGUGGCGGCUAUGAACGUCGUCACCGUGACAUCGGGCUGCGCCGCCGCGCCCAGCAACAACGGCUACCGACCGGCCGCCGCCCGCCGGGCCCGCCUCUCCGACAGGAAGUUGUCCCUGCAGGAGCGCGGCGGAUGCGUCGUCAGGCAGCCCACCGUCGAGACCAAGAGGGUGUCCAUCACUGACUCCGAGGACUUUGUGCAGCUGAACCAGUACAAGCUCAAGAAAGAGAUUGGAAAGGGUUCGUACGGUGUGGUGAAACUGGCUUACAAUGAAGACUCUGAACAGUAUUAUGCCAUGAAGGUUGUUUCAAAGAAGAAGCUCAUGAAGCAGUUUGGUUUUCUGCGUCGCGUGGCGCCCCACCAGCAGGAGGCCUUCCCCAAAGCCUCCAUGCCCCUGCAGAUGAUCUACCGCGAGAUCGCCAUCCUCAAGAAGCUCCACCACCACAACGUGGUCAAGCUGGUCGAGGUGCUUGAUGAUCCCGAUGAAGACGGCCUUCACAUGGCCUUUGAACUGAUGACCAAAGGGUGCUUUAUGUUGCAUUUUGACAUCCUCACAGAAAGUUAUGGUGUCAGUUUGUCGGGAUACGAUUUAGACAGCUAUCGUUUUAUUUUUUUUCCUUGCAGGCCGGUGAUGGAGGUGCCCACAGAUGAGCCGCUGACGGAAGAGGAAGCUCGCUUUUACUUCAGAGACCUCGUGUUGGGCAUUGAGUAUCUGCACUACAACAAAAUCAUCCACCGGGACAUCAAACCGUCGAACCUUCUCCUCGGCGACGACGGCCACGUGAAGAUCGCCGACUUCGGCGUGAGUAACGAGUUCGAGGGAGCGGACGCGCUGCUGUCCAGCACGGCCGGCACGCCCGCCUUCAUGGCGCCCGAGACCAUGGAGGAGCACGAGCAAGAGUUCACCGGGAAGGCGCUGGACGUGUGGGCAAUGGGGGUGACGCUCUACUGCUUCGUCUACGGGAAGUGUCCUUUUUAUGACGAAUACAUCGUGUCUCUGUACAACAAGAUCAAGAACAAGCCUGUGGAAUUCGCGCAAACACCUCAGAUCAGCGAGGAGCUGAAGCAUCUCCUUGUCAACAUGUUGGACAAAAACCCCCAAAGCAGAAUCAGCGUCCCAAAGAUCAAACUCCACCCGUGGGUGACCGAGUCGAGCGCCCGCCCGCUGCCACUGGAGGAGGACCACUGCACGGCCGUGGACGUGACGGACGAGGAAGUUCAGAACAGCGUCACGCUGGUCUCCAGCCUCUCCGCCGUGAUCCUGGUGAAGUCCAUGCUCAGGAAGCGCUCGUUCAGCAAUCCCUUCGAAUGCCAGGCCAGACGGGCGGAGAGGUCCAUGUCUGCCCCUGGUGGUCUUCUCAUAAUAUUUGCAUUGGACAUGGACGUGAGGACGAUGGUCUGUUCCUUGCAGUGGUUCCUGGGGUCUUUUGGGGUCUUCGGCUCAGCUUCAUCCUUCUUUGAGGAACACCAGCCGCGACGGUAGCCGCGACGGCGAGCUCGAGGACUUGUACGAAGACGAGGCAUUCACAGAGUGCACGGACCCCGCCCAGACCUGAGGCCGCUGCCCUUGUUGUUGUUGCGGUGUUGUCAUGGUUACGUGCGUAGCGCAAAAGAUUAGCCACGCCGGAAGCGAUUUCAAUACAUGCACACGCUAACGUUAGAUUGUAAUGGAUUGUUAACAAAACCCUAAAAGAAAUGCUGUGUAAAGAAUAAUUGUUUACAUUUUCCUACAAGAAUAAAAAGAUGUCAGCCGCCUGGUUCUCGUGUGUGUUUAGUCUUAAACACUAGGUGGCGGUGUAUGUUCUACUGAGCCGAACAUUUUUAGAUUUCAUUAUCAGAUUUUGUAGCACUUUUUAAGGCCGGUGACUAUUUUCUAAUUAGGCAUUGAGUUUUGCAGGAUUUUAUUUUCGGCUAAGAGAGGAAAGGGCCCGGAAUAUUUGUACACGUUUUUAACUCGUAAGAUGAAUAAAAAGUGAAAACCGA